AUUCCAUCUGAACUAGAAUUGCCAACGUUUCCUCUUUUUUUCACGGAUGUCUUCUUUGGAACAAAAGUAACCCAUUGGUUUAGAAAUUAUAGUUUUAUAACAUAAAAUUUCAUAUUAUGCAAUAUUUUUGUUAACUUCUUAGUCAAAGUUCGUCCGGUUUGACGACCAGGAAGCCAAAUAUCACUAUCUUUUUGGAAUAGAUGGAGAAGGUUAUGAUAAUGGGAUGCUAGUGGUGAAUGUUAUUUUGCUUAACUUUUUUUUGAGGAUGUGGUUUGUCUUCUAUUUCUUGCUUUUACGUCACUACAAAAAAUUUCUCCUCCUUUUGAACAACAGGAUUGAUGGAAAAACAGAAUCAUCUGAAAGGCAGAGACUUGUUGAUAGUUUUAACGACCCAUUAAAUAGAAGGGUUAAAUGCGUUUUAAUAUCUACUAGAGCUGGAUCUCUGGGUAUCAACCUUUAUGCUGCUAACCGUGUAAUUAUAGUUGAUGGCUCUUGGAAUCCAACUCAUGAUCUUCAAGCUAUAUAUCGAGCUUGGAGGUAUGGUCAAACAAAACCUGUCUUUGCUUACCGUUUACUUGCACAUGGAACGAUGGAGGAAAAGAUAUACAAGCGUCAGGUAACGAAGGAAGGUCUUGCAGCACGGGUGGUCGACAGACAACAAGUACAUAGAACUAUAUCCAAAGAGGAAAUGUUGCAUCUUUUUGAAUUCGGAGAUGACGAAAGCUCUGAUAUACCUCUGGAGUUAAAGCAAGCAAGAGAACAUGCUGGCGAAGCAAACACAACUGUAGAUGUUGGAAGUGUUUCGAAACAAAAGUUAACCUUUCCAAAUGGAAGCUCUACUUCUGACAAGCUAAUGCAAAGUUUGAUUGACAGCCAUCAUCCACGGUGGAUUGCAAAUUAUCAUUUGCACGAGAGUCUCUUGCAAGAGAACGAGGAUGAAAAGCUAUCAAAAGAAGAGCAGGAAAUGGCGUGGGAAGUGUAUCGGAGAUCUAUUGAAUGGGAAGAGAGGCGAAUUUCGCCUGAUGAGCCCGUAGCUGAGCGUCAGCAUGUCUCUACUUCUGAAUCAUUGCCAAAGCAAAAGCCAGUGGUUUCCACCGCCAGCCUUUUGCCGCCAGAGGACAGUAAUCUUGUAUUUUCAAUGGGGAGUACAAGAUGCCGUUUGGUGCCAAGGAAGUGCACAAACUUAUCACAUUUACUUACACUUAGAAGUCAAGGAACCAAAUGGGGUUGUAGCACUGUUUGUGGGGAAUGUGCUCAGGAGAUAAGUUGGGAGGGCCUUAACAACAGGGAUGGCAGAUCAGCAAAGUGAUGCUGUCUAUGUAUUUAUACUAAUUAUCUUCUUUUUGUUUCCAACUUUUGUUGCAAUUCAAUAUAAUUUUAGGGGUGAAUAGCAUUCUGUUUCAUGUUUCAGCCAUAGUUGGAUGAACAAUACUCUUUUUUGGAUAGGGUAAGGGAAGGGAAGGGAAGUGCCUUUUUGGAGAUAGGCCUUUUGUAAAGUUAAAAUGUUGUCAUCAAUUGUAUUUUGACCACAGAGAGGAGAAAACAAACUGGUUGUAGCGCUUGUCGUUUUGCAAAGAAGAAAAACCCUCUUUUUCUGCUCCA